AAAAAUGAAUAUGAAACAAUUUCAUUAUUAGACAACUCAUUUUAUUCUCAUUUUGAAUUAUUUCUUUUCACUAAAACAAUCAGAAAGGGAUUUUAUCAUUUAAUUGUUUCAUUUACAUGAAAUGGUCUUAUUUGUAUUACUGAACAACAAAUAUUUGCAUAUCUUGAGUUUGAAUGAAUAGAAUUGUUUAUGAGUAGUUUACAUACAUUUUUCUUUGUAAUAAAACUGAAGCGAUUCUCCAUAUCUGAAAUACAUUGUAUGAGAGAAUAUUCACUGUUCUUGAAAUGGAAAAAAUAGUUAAUACUUAUCGAAAGUUGUGUUUGAUUCCUGCUCUAGUCGGAGCAAGAAUUGAUAAAAAUAGAAGAAUUGUAACUAGUGUUUGGUCUCAUAGAAAUUUAGAAAAAAGUAAAUCAACGAAAUUUCUGAAAUACUUUCUUCUGUAUCCAGAUUUGCAAAAAGAUCAAGAGUUAACGCCUGUUGAUAUUUCAAAUGAGCUUUUAUUUUCUGCAUCUCCUUCGGAAAAAUUUAAGGCAGUUCUCAGAGAAAAUGAUGAAAAGCAAUUUUUAGAAAUUUGGCAACAGGAGAAUCUCUAUAGAACAGUUGAUUUGAAUAUAUUGGAUAUUCAUGGAAAAGUUUAUUGCGAUGGUGAUUUUUAUACAUUUAAUUGGUCCCCUAAUGAAACAAAGUUAUUGUAUGUUGCUGAAAAAAAAAUGCCAGAUUCAAAACCAUUUUAUAAAAGAAAAGCUAGAGAGGAAAACAAUCAGAAGAAAGCUAAUCCAGGACAAGAGUAUAUCUUUCAGCAAGAUUGGGGUGAACAAAUGGUUGGAAAAAAAAAUUCUGUUGUAGUUGAAUACAAUAUUGAGAAUGACGAACUAAGCCUUUUAGAGGGAAUUCCUGAUGACAUUUGUCCUGGACAAUUGAAGUAUUCUCCAUGUGGAGAAUUUAUUGUUGGUGUUGGUUAUAAAACUGAAACAAGGAAAUUAGGACUGAUUUAUUGCACUAACCGACCAACAGACAUUUUCAAAUUCAAAGAUGGAAAAUAUGAGAUUGUUUCACCCGAAAAUAAAGCAUCAAGAAAUCCAAUAUUUUCUCCUGAUGGUAAAUCAAUUAUCUAUGUUCAGAGAGAUGCUAAGGGACCCCAUAUGAGUGGAGUGAAAUUGGUGCAGAGAGAUCUUUCAUCUUCUGGUGUAAGUGAUGAGAAGAUUUUGGUUCCUAUUGUCCAAGAGGAAAUACAAAUAGAAAAUAAUGAAAAAUUUUUUGGCCUAUACAACGCUAUGAUAAGCAAAAGGUGUUGGGCAAGUGAAAAUAGGUUGAUUAUUUCCACAAAUCAGAAAAAUACUGUUGAAUCUUUUGUUAUUGAUUUAGAUAGUGGAAAAAUAACCAAAUUGAAAAAUGAAAAUGGAAGUCUUGUUGUGUUGGAUGUUUUUAAUGAUUUGAUUCUUGCCAACAGUAGAAAUUUCUUGAAUAAAGAUGUAUUGAUGAUAGGAAAACUGCCUACAAAAGGUAAAGAGCAAUCCAUGUCUUGGAUAGAAUUGACCCAAAGAAAGAAGGUGGAGAAUUUGGAAAAUCAUGAAUAUGAAUAUCUAGAUCUGUGUCAAAGUGUUGAAGAUGUUGUCACAAAAUUUUCUGCGAUUUAUGUAGGCCCUGAUUCUGGAGCUGACAAAAGUGUUCCUUUGAUUGUUUACCCUCAUGGUGGACCUCAUUCUGCAUUUGCCAAUAAUUUUUCUCUAGAUAUUUCGUUUUGUUUAUCUAAUGGCUUUGCUGUUCUACUUAUAAACUACAGAGGUUCAAUCGGAGCUGGAAAUAACAGCGUAGACUUUCUUCUUGGCCGUAUUGGAGUAUCUGACGUUUCUGAUUGCAUUUUAGCUACAAAAGAGGCUCUGAAAAAGUAUCCAUGGUUGGAUCCUUCUAGUAUGGUACUGUGUGGGGGCUCUCAUGGUGGAUUUUUGGUGACGCACAUAAGUGGCCAAUAUCCAGAUAUGUUUACAGCUGUGGUCGCUAGAAAUCCGGUGAUAGAUGUAGCUUCUAUGAGCAUUUUCUCUGAUAUACCUGAUUGGUGCUAUGUUGAAUGUGGUAAAGAAUAUACACAAGUUGGCCCGGUUGAAGAUGAAAUAUUACUUAAAAUGAGAAAAUGCUCACCACUGGAACACGCUCAUAAAGUUAAGGCUCCUACGAUGCUUCAAGUGGGCUUGAACGAUUUAAGGGUUCCCCCGGGUCAGUCAAUGGAAUACUUUCAUAGGCUGAAAGCUAACGGAGUCAAUGUCUUAAUGCAUACAUAUGAUGAUAAUCAUCCCAUAGGACAAGUUAAAAAUGAAAUGGAUAGUUUAAUCAAUACAAUAAUGUGGCUCAAGGAGAAUAUUGGGAAAAAAAAUUAAUAUAUUGAUGGCUUGAAUUUUUUUGUACUCUUAAUGUAUUCAUUGCUUUAUUUUUUUGCUUUCAGGAGAAUAAACUGUACGGAUUGCUUUUA